AUGGACGAUGACGCGGUUGUCAAAGCCACGAAGAGCAAAGUAGAUGCGGCCAAUAAAGUCCGAGACAAUUACGUUCAACUCGCGGAAAAAAUGGAACAAGUUAAAAAUCAAGUUGCCAAAAUGGAGCGGAAAUACGACGAAUUGUAUCAAUCGGUGAAAGCCAAAGAACACGGGUCUUCUCGGAGUCGGGGUAACGUGUCCGAUAGCGGAUCACAAGAGGAUAAUAAAAAUCAGAGGGAAAGCAUCGACGACAUAACAAUCGCUUUGCCUAAAAACAGACUACAACAACAACAACAACAACAACCCUCGGACGAUUCGAACGCUCAACAAUCUUCGGCGACGCAAAAAGAAAAAACGGAUUCGAGUCAAAAACAACAAAACGUCGAUUAUGAAAAAAUGGAAGACAAUCCUUUUUUGAUAUCAGGCUACUGUGAGGUGAAAAUGUCGACCCCGGAAAAUGAUAAAUAA